UCUAUCACUAUCACUGCGGACGGACGGUAUUUAAGCUCCAAUUCGCGGCGGAGCUUGAAUCACUCGAAUCGGAAUUGGAAUCAAAAUGUGCUACAGAUAUAGCUUCAGCUUCGCCCUGAUCGCGGUGCUGCUCUUGGCAGCCGGAGUGCUCGGAGCUCCCUCGGCUAUUCGGUUCGUCUGCAACGUGGUCACCCAGACCUGCGAGGAGUUCGUCUACGGUGGCUGUGGCGGCAACAAGAACAACUUCCUGACCAAGGACCAGUGCGAGCUGUUCUGCCUGGGAAAGUCCGGAGUCUCUCCACCGAAACGAGCACUAGUGCCUAGGCUACUCUGAUUUCUACUGCGCAGUUCAUAGUUCAUUUCAUUUACGCAUUUACGCAUUUUCAGUACGCAACUCAUAGAAAUAUUGUUGUUUGAAUAAAUGUACAUGGUUUUUAAGAGAAACCACUGUUCGGCGGUUUGAAUCGAAAGUUUGUUAUCUCCUAAGACAGCAAUAAUCUCUCUGCGGGUUUCCGCAGCAGUUUUUCCCUGUGCGAAAUAAAAUUUCAAAAUUGCCCGAA